AUGUCUGCUUCAACCGCCUGGCUCCCCCCUGGGCCACCACAGCGCGUCACCGUGGUGCCCCGCUACCCCCCGGUCGUCGGUAUGAACCUCAUGUUCGGUCUCCCUCGCAACCUAGAGGACGGCGGGGCCGAGUGGAUGGCUCUGAUCAAUACGCCAGCCUUCACGUGCGACCUGGGCACUUUGUCCGACGCUGCGUACGACGCGGCCAGCAUCCAGGGUAAGGACGACAUCACCGGCAAGCGCCAGGCCGUCAACAGCCUCGUCGUGUCCCUCGGCCAGGUCCUGUGGGUCAUUGGCUCGAGUGACAUCACCGAGCCCAACUGGGCCGACCGUUGCUCGGUGAACGACCAGUUGGUACAGGAACUCUGGGAGAAGGCCACCGCCGAACGGGUCAUCAAGCUGUUUGAGGCCAUCGACGACGAAGGCGCGGAAGACUGGCUGUAA